GGCAGCACGAAACACAUCAGUUCCCGGCUGAGGUGGCAACAACUUUCUGGCGCCCUCUCCAGCAUGAGCUCUUCUCGCCCUCCUGAUCACUAGUACGAUCUCCUCAUCAUUGACGGCAAAAAAACCCGCGAGAGACAUAUGAUAAUGCCGGCACAUGGUUGCCUUGGGAGGAGGCAGGAGUCAUGCUCUCAACACACACCAAUUCGCAGCACGGCAAGAACCCGCUCAGCCCGCGCAAGUCGCCGGCGCUCGCCGCGGCGCCCGGGGACACCGCGCCACCAGCCGACCCAGUCGACCCACUCGCCAGCAGCCCUCACCACCAACACCACCAUCACCACCAUCACGAGCACGGCUCAGCAGGCGCGGCGGGCGGCAGGCCGGCCUCCUCCUCGGGCGCGGCCGCGACGACGCUGGCUCAGCGGCUUGAGCUGGUGGCGCGGCGCUUCGUGAGCAAUGUGGUGGGCUGGCCAGGCGGCGGCGGCGGCAGCAGUGGCGAGGAGGAGGAGCGGGGCGGCGAGGAGCAGCCGCGGGAGGGGGACGUGGGCAGCGGUGACAUCGAGACCGCCGCGCGGGUCGCCAGUAUGAUGCUGGCCCCGGGCGCGGCGGUGCACGUGGGCGGCGUGUGGGCGGACGUGCUGGCGCCGGGGCAGCCCAACAACGAGGACGCCCUGUUUGAGUACCUGUCCCGCGAGCGCGCCGCCUACCAGCUGCUGGAGCUACAGCCGCUGACGGUGGCUGUAGCAGUGGACAGCGAGCCGGCUGUAGCAUUGCCGGGCGGUGGCGGCGCGGCUGUAGCAGGCGGCGGCUGCGGGGGUGCUGCGGCCGACCCCACGCCCACCGCCCCUACCGCCGCACACGACCGUGAGGUGGUGGAGGAGGGCGAGAAGCUGGAGCGCCGUGACGGAGCCGGCGGCGGUGCAGGUGCAGGUGCCUGUGGUGGUGGUGCGGCAGCGGGCGGUGGCGGUGGCGGCGACGUGGCGUUCGUGCUGUCGCGGUUCCGAAUGAAGCAUGUGGGCGGCUGGCUGGGCCGUGCGCCGACCGGCCGGUGAGUGGGUGGGUGGGUGGGUAGCUGGGCCGGUGGGUGAGUGGGUGGGUGGGUGGGUGUGGUGGUGUGGCUGGCGGGUGACCCACACAUGUUACGGAGCCAGGGAGAAGACACGGUCAUGUGGGCUAGGGCCGGGAGUGUGACCACAAGUUACUUUGCUAGCAUGUGUGAGUUGCGGGACAGUGUUCUCAGAUGGUGCAGCGGG